CCAGUGAGGUGAAAGGACACGCCGCCCGCCCGCAGCCGUUCCCCGCUUAUCGGAGUAGUCGCUUUCGUGUCCCGGAAUAGUGCACAUCACACAUCCACGUUUGAGGAUUUUUUUGAGAGUGUAAUGUGAAAUGACGGGGAAUAAACAUCUCCCCUAUCUCCUGGCGCUCCUGUGCUGCCUUCAGUAUGCCGUCCUAGGUUCCCCAGCAGAGGAGUGGAGAGGAGUGGACGGGGACAUCUCGGAGAAGAGCCGCGGCAAGAAAGCCGAGGUGAAACGGCUGCAGCGCCCCCAUCACGACACCGGAUGCGGUUGUGAAGAAGGAUACCUCGGCUGCAAAACGGACAGCGGAGAGUGUUCGUGUGUGGGUCCGGAAAUCCUGUGCGACGGGCAUCUCGACUGUCCUGGGGGCGAGGACGAACACUCCUGCCCCAAAAACAAAUGCCCCGUUUCAGAGUUCCAGUGCAUGAGCGGCACUUGUCUGGAGUCGGAGUUCCUUUGCGACGGCUACUACGACUGUGAAGACAGGAGCGACGAACUGGUCUGCGAUAUGCCGCACUUCAAGCCAAACUGCACCGGCCCAGACCAGUUCAACUGUUCGAACGGGGACUACUGCGUCUCAUCCACUUGGGUCUGUGACCGCGACUUCGACUGUCACGACAAAUCGGACGAAGCCAAUUGCUCCACGAGGACCUGCGGAGCAGUCGAAUUCAUGUGUGGUGACGGACAUUGCAUCUACAACACUUGGGUUUGCGACGGCGAAAUAGACUGUUCAGACGACUCGGACGAAGCCAAUUGCAGCAAUAAAGCCCCCAUGAACCACACCUGCGGGGCAGACGAGAAGGCGUGCAAGGCAGAGGGCCGAUGCGUGGAACUCCACUACGUCUGCGACGGGGAAAACGACUGUGGAGACUGGUCCGACGAAUCGGACUGCCCCUCCACUUCGUGUUUCCAGAACGAAUUCAGGUGUGACAACGGGCGUUGCAUUGAGCCGGGCUGGGUGUGUGAUGGCAGCGAUGAUUGCGACGAAGGCGAAGACGAAGCCAACUGUACGAAGCCCACGACUGGGACGGAAUCUGACGAGUGCCCAGAAAACUACGUCUCGUGCCCACCGAGUUGCAUUGCCCCUGACUGGCAAUGCGACGGUGAUGCAGACUGCCCCGAUGGGAAAGACGAGGAGAAUUGCCAUGUGGCAUGUGCCUCAGACCAGUUCACGUGCUCGACCAUGACUUGUAUCCCAUGGAGGAACGUAUGUGACGGCCACCAUGAUUGUCUGUAUGGUGAUGAUGAGUUCGGCUGUGAAGCGAAAGAAUGCGAAUAUAUGGAGUGCUCGUACGCCUGCAAGGCAACUGGAAUAAAUUGCCUCUGCAAUACAGGAUUUACCCUGGCUGCAGACAAUGUCACAUGCGUCGACGUCGACGAGUGUGCCCUAUUCCGACCGUGCUCUCAAAUUUGCGAGAACACGAACGGGACCUUCAAGUGUCAGUGCGUGCACGGAUACUCCUUGAGAGAAGACUACGUCACCUGCAAAGCCCACGGGCCUCUCCCGGUUCUCAUUUUUGCCAACAGAGAUGAUAUUAGAAAGAUCACUCUAGACGGCCAGGAUUACCAACCGGUGGCGUCGGACUUACAGAACGCCAUCGCCCUGGAUUACCACUUCCACAAGCAACUCGUAUUCUGGACUGACGUCACUCUCGAUGCCAUCAUGACCGCCUUCAUCAACGGGAGUGGUGGUGGAGGGAGAGCCAUUGUGAGGUGGGGUCUGCGGCAGCCAAGUGGAAUAGCUGUCGAUUGGCUGAACGACCACAUUUACUGGCUGGACAGUGAGACCAGGAGGAUUGAAGUUGCUGAGCUGGAUGGAUCCAACCGGCGGCCACUGAUAUGGACAGAUUUACACAAACCCAGAGCCCUGGUUCUCCACGUUGCAAAAAAUCUCCUCAUCUGGACAGAUUGGGGGUCAUUCCCUCGCAUUGAGCGUGCUUACCUCGAUGGGACAAGUCGUCAGGUUAUCAUAGGUGACGAUCUCCAGUGGCCCAAUGGUAUUACCAUUGACUACCCGACAGAGACCAUUUAUUGGGUUGAUGCCAAACAGCAUGUCAUUGAAGCUGCCCACCUGGAUGGAACAGACAGGAGACUGAUCAAAGACCAUGGACUGCCGCAUCCAUUUGCCAUAACAGUGUUUGAAGACAACCUCUACUGGACCGAUUGGAGAACGCAUUCAAUCCACACAGCCAAUAAACGAACUGGCAGAAAUCAUGCUGUCAUACAUGCUAACCUCCCCUUUCCAAUGGACAUACACAGCAUGCACUAUCAGCGACAGCCCUUACCACGCCCAAUGGACCGUGUGGGAUGUGCGGUCGAUAAUGGUGGGUGCUCACACCUGUGCUUACCUGGAAAAGAUUCUUACAGGUGUUACUGCCCUCAUGGACUUGUCCUUCUAAAUGGAAAUCUUUGCAGUGAUCGUCCGAACAACGUUCUGGUGUUUGCACAGCGGAGUAACCUCCGGAUGAUAUCUCUGGAUGAGACUGUGAGAGAGGCCCUAACAAGAGACCCACAGAUUCCAGAGGAUACCAGUGCUCAUCCUCAUAUGGACACAGUGCUUCCAGUGGAAGAUGUUGUAUCAGCAGUUGCACUGGACUUUUAUACAACAGAUGAUUUAGUUUACUGGACCGAUAUUGAGACAAAGACAAUUAGUCGGUCUCAUCUGAAUGGCACCAAGCAAACACUUAUAGUUAAAGACAGUUUAGAUUUGCCAGGCGGGAUUGCUGUUGACUGGGUGACCAACAAGCUUUACUGGACAGAUGCUGGAAUGAAGCGUAUUGAAGUUUCCAAUCUUGAUGGAUCCAUGCGCUCAUUAUUGAUCUGGGAGGGUCUAGAUAAGACAAGGGAUAUAGUUGUGGAUCCUCAAGAUGGUUACAUGUUCUGGAGUGAUUGGGGCAAAGAUGCCAAAAUUGAGAGGGCCUAUAUGUCAGGAAAAAAUAGAACAGUACUGAUUAACACAAAUUUGAAAUGGCCAAAUGGUUUAGCAAUUGACCACAACAAUCAGCUUCUCUAUUGGCUGGAUGCAAGUUCUAAGACUAUUGAGACUGCUACGCUCGAGGGCAAGAAUAGAAAGCCACUGAUAAAGGGAACAAUGUCUCAUCCAUUUGGACUAGCCCUGUGGGAGGAUCUCAUAUUUUGGUCUGAUUGGGACACAAAGAGUAUCCAUGUUGCCAACAGAACAUCAGGCAAAGUUGGACAAGCAUUUGUGAAAGGUCUUAAAGGACUUAUGGAUUUGAGAGUCUUCAAGCAAGAACCAAAUGCCCUGAAUACCCCUUGUAAUGUUGGUAAUGGAGGGUGCUCUCACCUAUGUUUGUUGGAGCCUAAUAACUAUACAUGUGCAUGUCCAACAGGCAUUCUAAUGAAGGGUGAUAAUCACACAUGCCACAGACAACCAAUGGAAUCUCUUAUUUUUGCCCGUCGACACGACAUUCGUCAGCUGUCCCUUGAUACUGUGUACUUAGCAGAUGUUGUCCUCCCCCUGGCAGGCCUACAAAAUGUAGUUGCUUUGGAUUACGAUCCAGUUUCAGGGGACCUCUUCUUGCCAGACAGUGCUGCAUCAGUUAUUUUACGUGUCUCUUUAGAUGGAACAAAAUAUAUAAAAAUUGUUAAUUCGGCCAUUGAUACAGUUGAGGGAAUUGCACUAGACACUACAGGUAGAAAGAUGUACUGGACAGAUCUGAAAAGGAGGAGUGUAGAAGUAAGUGAGCUUGAUGGAACCCACCGAAGAGUACUAUUCACAGGAUUAGACCGACCUCGAGCUAUUGUUACCCAUUAUCCAACAGGAAGACUCUUUUGGACUGAUUGGGGUGAAGAAAAUCCUAGAAUAGAAGUUGCAGAUAUGGAUGGACAACACAGAUCAGUUUUGGUAAGCAGCAAUAUAAUAUGGCCCAAUGGACUUUCAAUAGACUGGAAAAAUAAAGAACUCUACUGGACAGAUGCUAAAGCAAACCUUAUUCAAGCCAUUGGCUUAGAUGGCAGGAAGAGAAGAAUACUUGUAAAAGAUGUUUUACAUCCCUAUGGCAUAAGUGUAACAGGACAGUACGUCUACUGGACGGACUGGGAAACUAAAUCAUUAAAUCGUACUUUGAAGAAAGCUGGCAGACCCGUUACAACAAUCAGAGAAGGGCUGGCAGGAAUCAUGGACAUCAAAGCUCUACCCGGCCCAACAGUUGGAGUAAACAUAUGUGGACGUGAAAAUGGCCACUGUUCUCAUCUCUGUCUAAGGAAUCCUGAAGGGUUUUCCUGUGCAUGUCCUACAGGUUUAACUUUGAAGGAUCAUCAAAACUGCAAUGUGGAACCUAGCAGCUACUUGAUAUUCGCUAGUAAAGGUUCCCUUAGACGAAUUUCGUUAGAUACAAAACCUUUAUGGGAUGUUCCUCUAGAUAUCCCUGGAACCAAUCAUCCAAUUGCUCUGGAUUUCCAUAGGGAAAAGGACCUCCUUUUUUAUACAGACAUAGAUCUGGAUGCAAUCAGAGUUGUAUCUCUGAAGAACCUCUCCCACCCUUGGACUGUAGUAGCGCAGGGCUUUAACACUCCAGAUGGGAUAGCUGUAGAUUGGGUCGCAGACAACCUCUACUGGACAGACGCUGGACGUAAGGUGGUAGAGGUUGCAAGACUCGAUGGAACAAGCAGAAAAGUAAUAGUAAAGACUGAACUCUUAGAACCACGUGCUAUUGCUGUUUUUCCAAAGAGAGGGUACCUCUUUUGGUCUGACUGGGGCAACAAAUCUAAGAUUGAGCGCGCUUUCUUAGACGGCACUAACAGAACAGUCCUUUUGGAAGAUGAUAUUGGAUGGCCAAAUGGCCUUGCCAUCGACUACAAGAUGCGCCGCAUAUUCUGGAAUGAUGCUCUGACUGAUAUCAUUGGCUCGUCAGAUCUUGAUGGCAAAAAUCGAGUGACGUUAGUCAGCCAAGUUCCUCAUGCCUUUGGACUGACUUUGCUUGAAGAACACAUUUACUGGACAGACUGGGAACGAACUAGUAUUGAAAGAGCAGACAAAGAUACUGGUGAUAACAGAAAAGUUAUAAGAAGUGGAAUUGAGGCAAUUAUGGAAAUCAAAGCCAUUAGCAAUUUAGUUCAGGGAGGAUGGAAUGCAUGUGCAGACAAGAAUGGAGGCUGCUCAAACUUAUGUUUCUACCUGCCCAGUGGUCGAAAGUGUGCAUGUCCCGACAUUCAUGACCCCACCUGUCGAGACAGACCUGUUAUUAGAACCCUAACUAGCCAGGAAGAGGGUGAUCGCAAUGGAAAAAAAAUAGAUGGUGCAGAAAAUGAGGCGCUGGAUGACUCAAAUGGCAUUGUACCUGUGUUAGCAGUGCUAGGAUUGGGUGCAUUUCUUGGUUUGUUAGCUGUGCUUGCUUUCGUCAUGUGGUGGAAGUAUAAAGAGCAAACCAAGAUGGUUGAAGGACCACAGAGAGGUGCACUGACAUACACUAAUCCAACGUAUAGUGCCUCAAAUUCAGAUGUCAACACUGAUCGUAAACCUUUCACAUGGAGACGCAUGCACCAUGAUGUGAACCAUCAGGGUCGGAUGUUUGAAGAGAAGGGUGAAGUGGCUGCUUUGAUCAGUGAAGGUAGUAGUGUUGAACACGAAUCUCCCCCUCCAACUCCUCCGACACGUCCAGAUCCUGUUGCGUAGCUGUACCCCGGAGCUGCCCACAUCCUUCGUUCACCUCGUCCACCCCAACACCCUUCACGUACACCCCGUGGGCAGCCUCGGAAAAUUACUCAUUCCCUUACCUCAAGACCCUACCCCAACCCCAAAUCCAGUAAAGGCCACAGCAUUGCUGUGUACUACCGGCCACAUCCUGCUCAUACCUCAACUGUGUGCCAAGAACCUAUGAUAUAGGUAUCCCUUCCCUAUGUAUUUAUCCACAAAAACCCUUUUUUUA